AUGGUCUUAAGCUAUCAUAGCCAGCAGGAAGCCCAAAAAGUCAAAAAUGAACGCCUGCACAUCCAGCCCUUCCUGGCCAUUCCCAGUGAGGGCCUCCCUGCAGGCAAUGCUCCUGGGUGGGCAUGUGAGGGGCCAGAGGCCAGUGGCAAGAACCGCCGCGUGUGCCAUGCCAUGGCACGGCUGGAGAUGGGCAACCUCUGGGAGGAAUUCAACCGUCUGGGCACCGAGAUGAUCGUCACCAAAGCAGGCAGGAGGAUGUUCCCCACCUUCCAGGUGAAGCUGUCAGGGUUGGACCCAUUGGCCGACUACGCUCUGGUGAUGGACUUCGUGCCAUUGGAUGACAAGAGAUACCGGUACGCCUUCCACAGCUCGUCCUGGCUGGUGGCUGGCCGUGCUGACCCAGCAGCUCCUGGCCGUGUCCACUUCCACCCCGACUCACCAGCCAAGGGUGCGCAGUGGAUGCGGCAAAUCGUCUCCUUUGACAAGCUCAAGCUCACCAACAACCUCCUGGAUGACAAUGGCCACAUCAUCCUCAACUCCAUGCACCGCUACCAGCCCCGCUUCCACGUGGUGCUGGUGGACCCCCGGCGUGACAGCGAACGCUUCGCCCACCAGAACUUCAAGUCCUUCAGCUUCCCAGAGACCCAGUUCAUGGCAGUGACGGCAUACCAGAACCACCGGAUCACCCAGUUAAAGAUUGCAAGCAACCCCUUUGCCAAAGGGUUUCGGGACGGCGAGCUUGAGCCAUGGUAAGAUGCCCCCCUCCUGCCACAGUGCCAUGGUGAUAGCCACAUCCUCAGCACCCCCUUACCCUCCCUCUUGCAGGUGUGGCGCCACGCUGUCCCUCCCCCAGGCCACCACGCAGAACAAAGGUAGGGGGGCCAGAGGCCGUGCUGCCCCUGCUCUGCUCCCCUGCAGCCAUGGAGCGCUGGC